AGUCUGCUCUCUGCUCUCGGCGCGGGCAGAGGUCAACACGGCAGUGAGUGAUCGAAGGUUGGUAGCGCCGCGCACGUAGGCCUAUGCUACGAAGGGCAGCUGGCGACCGUCAUGGUGGGCCGUGAGCGCGCGCUUGCACAGAUGAGGGGUGGCGGCUACCCAUGACAAUGAGGUGGCAGGUGUCCUAUGGAGUGUGGCUCGGAGCGUGUGGUGUUCUUCACACUGGAGAAUGACCCCGACUUGCAAGUCGCCUGCUUUUCGCCCUCGUCCUCAUCACUCCACCUCAAAGAGCUGUUCCGAGCUGCGGCAGAGGCUGGUCCCCGAGACGUGCUGAAGCUGGUCUGCUGGUCUGGCCAAAUGGUCGACAUCAGCCUCUCCCUAGCGAGCAACAGCGAGCAUCAACCUUAUAGAUUGGCUGUAGCUGCUGCCCCAACUGAAGGUAUGCUGCUCAGCAGGACAGAAGUUGAUCUGCUUUCCUUAGAAGAAAGGGUGGUCAUGCUAGAACACCAGCUGCAGGCCGAGUGUGGACCCAUACCGCCCGCUGUAGAGGAACUCAAGUCGCGCAUUGACGACUUUCGCAUCAAGCUGGAGACGACGGAGCACCUCAGCUGGCUGGGGUUCGACAAGAACUCCGUCGUCCCGCUGUUUGCAGAGACAAAUCGUGACCUGCAGUGCAGCCACAAGAACGACGCGCACAAGCAGAAAGUGCGCGAGAGAUUCUUCAACAUCUGUUGUUUUCGGAACGAGCCGAGUGCGCCCGAAGACGGACAAGAAGAAACGAGCAGCGGCAGAGUGUGCUGCGGUGCGAACUAUCGGCGGCCCGGGCACUUGUUAUUUGGCCGGCUGCGAAGGCAGAGGCGAGGACUGCCCGCGACGGACGAGGCCGAGGAACUCGCACCACGAGUCACGAGGGCCGCCUCUGGACGCCUGCGUCGUGGAGUGAAUGACAUGACGGUGUCCCAGGAGGUACGACAACUUCUGCGCCAACCAUCGUUUGACUGCUACCAGUGGGAAGAUGAGGAGGUGCUGUUACUGCUGCAGCAGAUGUUCUUGGAUCUCGGCUUCCUCGUUACAUUCAACAUCAGCAUUGUUGUGCUCAGGAACUUCCUAUUCGAGGUCUAUAACAACUACAAUGAGAUUCCAUUUCACAACUUUCGCCAUUGCUUCUGUGUUGCGCAGAUGAUGUACGCCAUUAUGUGGUGUGUGGACUUGCCAAGCAAGAUAGGUGACUUGGAGUGCCUGAUAUUGCUUACUUCGUGCAUCUGCCACGACCUGGACCACCCUGGCUUCAACAACAUUUAUCAGAUAAACGCGAGGACAGAGCUCGCUCUGCGGUACAACGACAUCUCGCCGCUGGAGAACCACCACUGCUCAGUCGCAUUCCGCAUCCUGGAGCAGCCGCAGAUGAACAUCUUGGAGUCGCUGCACGGCGACGCGUACCGCCAUGUGCGGGAGGGCAUCAUCAGGUGCAUCCUGGCCACAGACAUGGCUCGCCACAAUGAGAUCCUGGCUCAGUUCCAAGACGUCACGCCCGAGUUUGACUACUGCAACAAGGCCCACAUCAACCUGCUGUUGAUGGUGCUGAUCAAGGUCGCAGACAUCUCGAACGAGGCUCGGCCUUUGAAUGUGGCUGAGCCAUGGCUGGACCGCCUCUUACAGGAGUUCUUCAAGCAGAGCGAUGCAGAGAAGCUUGAGGGUUUGCCAAUAACACCAUUCAUGGACCGGGAAAAAAUAACGAAGCCAUCAUCGCAAUGCAGCUUUAUUGGAUUCGUGCUUCUGCCAUUGUUCGAGGCGCUGGGAGAGCUGCUCACCGAGCUCCAGGUGCUGAUAGUGCAGCCGGUGAGGGAAGCCCUGGACUUCUACCGGCGGCUGAACGACAUGGCAAGGGACGAGCGGGGUCACCGCAAGAGCGUCGUUGAAGUCUGCUCGAGUGGAAGUUCUGAUAGCAUAGCGCAGUCGGCCAGCGCGCACAGCGUGCGAUCGCGCUACAGCCUCCCCGCCCUGGCUCUGCGGUCCCACUCCACGGAGUGCGAGCAAGCAACCAGUGUGGGAGAUCUGCCAGAGGAACUUGAGGAUGAAGAGACGGUAACAGAAGUGGAAGUGAGCGAGAAGGCACUCAAGUUCAAGAUCUCUACAGAGGGAAGCAUCAACAGUGGUCGCAAGAGUUAUCCCGGCAGUCGCAAAGGCAGCCGCGACAAGACCCUUGUUCAGGAUGGUCACUUCCAUAACCUGGCAAAGGCCAUGAAAGACAAGGAGCACAGAAGAGGCGAUUCUGUCAAGGAACGCAGCCGCGUGUCCCCGGCAUCACCUGUUUCAAGUCAAGGGGAGAAUGAAGGUCUCCUGGAAGCACACUGUGAAGACGUAGCCUGCAUGCAGAAUGACAUAUUUAAUGGUGGCACAGAAAACAUUAAGUUUGGGGACAAAUGCUUUUGCCGAGUUUGCCAAUCGGUAGGUCAGAUCAUUGUUGAAAAACAUGACCAAGCAAAACAAAUCAAAGCAACAGAUAAAAGAGAACUAAUACAGCAGAUUAACAAGACUGUUUCAUGCUGUUUGGACUCAUGCAAAGGGUGUGCUGACUAUCGAUCGGGGUCACUUUGUGAUCAGAGUAGUGAGAAUAUAACUAAUUCUAAAAUUCAAUUGAAAAGUCCUGAAGAUAGUUUAAAUAAGUCAGGAUAUAUGUUAUCAGACAUCAGAAAAGCAGGAAAUAAUCAAUAUGAAAAAUCAUCUUUACUUUCUAGAAUUUGUAACUUUACUGACCGGAUUUCUUUUAGUCCGAGUAAUCACAGUGAUGGUGAUGGAAAGUCAAAAUACAGUCAGCUUUUGAAAAAUACAUUUAUUUCUUCACAAAGCUUGCCUACGACUCCCAGACGUGGUUGCAAAGCUUUACAGGUACAAUCCUCGAUAACAGACGAAUCUCCGUCUACCUCAUCGCCUACUGCCAUCUCCCAAACUCACAAUGGUAGCAAAGCAAUGACCUUACCCAAAGUAAAAAAAUCUCAGCGACAAAAUGGGAAUCUCCGUGGCUGGAGACUGUUUAUGACAGGAAGUAAGAGUGGCAUCCCUUCGUCAUCACCAGAACUGUUGUUUGGAAAAGAGUUCCACUCAUCUCUAUCCAAUGGGAAAAAACACAUAUUUCGUAGCAAAGAAAUAAACAAUAUCCCGCAUACGAGGAUUUAUAAAUCUCUAGGCCAAUCACAAGAAACUGGCAGUGAAAUAAAAACAGAGGCAGCCACCAGAGAGGAUACGAUGGUAAGUGGUAGUUUGGACAGCAUGCUGCAAGCAAAGAGAGCAUUUGGGUACGCCAUCAACAAGGGACGCGGCAGCUGCAGCAGCAAACAGUCUGUGCUUCUUGCUCGUAUGGGCAGAAGUGAGAGUGACGACUCGGGCUGCACAUCGCCCCAGAGACAAGCUCACCACCUCAACUGGAUGGCGUCCUUCACGUCGAGUCUCCGACGGAAGAAGACUCGAGAGCAUGAGUAAUCAGUUCCGACCAACACCUUGCAAUAGUGACACUGUCGUUGUCUACAAACACCGUGCUGUCUUUUCCCAUCGUGCCACUUUAAUAGCCCUCCUUAAAAUUAACAUUUUUUGAAGCCAAAUAAAAGAAUUAAGUGACUAAAAUAAAUCCAAGUAAAAAAUUAUUCCUUAAAUAUAUCAUAGUAUCAAAAAAACCUUUUGUGUAUAUUGUAUGUACAAAAUUUUCAACUAAUUAUGCUAUUUUCCUACUUGUUGCGUGUUCAAUAUAAUCUAUGUGGACAAUGAAUUUGGACGGUUUUAUGUCAUGUAAUAAUUUUUUUUGUCUCAAAGUAAACCCUGCAGUUAAAAAUAUAUUUCCCUAUUUGUGUUAUAACAAAACAUAUUUCAAAAUGUUCUGCCAUAUAACUUAAAUUUAAACUGUGCUGAAAAAUUAACAUUUCAAAUUUUGUUUAUUGUAUUACAGCCAUUAACAAAUGCGGAUUUACAUAGCAAUAUGUAGUGUACACGACAGCCUUUAUUUGGAACAAUAUAUCACAGUCUCACUUAUUUUUAAAAUACGGUCCCACUGUAUUUUGUACAUAAUUUGUUACUAGUCUUAUAAUUUUACUCCUUAAAUCAAAUUUAGUUUUUACAGUAUGCCAUAUAAUUAGUUUGGAGUUCAAGGGGGACAUUCUUCCACACAAAAAAUGUUCCAUUGUCCUGCCAUUAGUCGUAGAAAUUACAAAUGUUUAUUGUUCAAAGUAUUAUCUGAAUUGUGAAUAACACUGUUGAAUAAAAUAAAUACAACACACAUUUAACUUUUACAAACUAUUUAAAAGAAAUUAUUAAUGUACUAUACUGGUAUUUUUGCAACACUUUAUUUUUUAUAAACUAAGUUCAGUAUUAUGUAUUAAGUUAAUGUUUCUUAGUAAAAUUAGACUUUUUCACUAAUGAUUAGGCUAGUUUGACUGUAAUAUUAUUAACGAAAUAAUUACUACCUACUUAAUUAUAAAUAAAAACAUAUUUUACAGAAUUUAAGUGUCAAAUUGCGAAGAAAAAGGAAAAACGUUUUGUUCAGUUAUUAUAUUUUUUUUUUGUUCUGGAGUCUAUUCAUUAACUUUUUAACUUUGCAGGUCAAUAGGUAAGCUACCAUACGUAAAUAUGUUUGGAGAUUCUCACUUUUACUUUUGUCCCACAGAACUAAUCGUACUGUUAGAUCAAUUUGAUGGCGUUUGUGGAAUCUGGCUGUCUUCAUCACUUGUGAUAAAUUGGCUGCAUAGUGACAGAUUAUUUUUAAAAAUUAUGACAAAUAGUUUCUAAUCAUAAUAAAAAAUUUAAUGAGUCUCAAGUAUUUCUGGAAUAUACUUUUCAUUUUAAUGAUCAGAAUGUAAACAUAGAACAUAAAUAUAAAUUAAUAGUAUAAAAGCAUAGUUUUUUACUUUGGGUAAUUUUUUUUCCAUUAAGCACAGUUGGGUACUUUAUUUCUUAUUUUUAUCGUUUGGAUCAUAUUGAUUUAUUUGUUUUUCGAUAACUUUACUGGAAUAAGUUAUAUAUUACAUAUCAAGUAAUAAAAUCACAUUUUAUUAUAAUUUUAUCAAAAAUUACGUUUUAAAAGAAUAUUUCGUAUAUUUCCGUGCAUUAGGCUGCAAAAAUGUUAUUUUUUAUGUAAUGUAAGGACAAAUAAAAUAUUCAAACUUUGUUUCAGUUUAUAUAUCCAGAGAAAAUUUUUAUAAAAUUGUAGAUAUUAUUAAUGUUCAAAGAGAAGAAGAAAUUUAUUGUAGAAAUAACUUAAUAAUUAGUAUAAUUUUUUUAUUUAAAAAAUAAACAUUUUGUGACAUUUUAUGUAAGUGUUGGUAUUAGUAUUGGUGUAUUUCUUAAAAAACAAAAGAUCGUCAAAACAAUACAAAAUGUAAUUAUUGGCACUGAAACAUAUUAUUUUAAUUUUAUUUUAAAGGUUACUGAUGGAAUUUAAAUAGAGUACGAAAAAUUACAGCUGAGAAUGAGAAAUCAGUUUUAUUGAAAAUAAAUAGACACCAGUAUGUAUUGCUUACUUUAACAUCAAAAUGUUUUUCUUAAAAUUGCUCUCCCUACAUUUGAAAACGAUAUUUAAAACAACAAUAAUAAUGAUUUAGAAAAAUAAGGUGCUUGUGGAUACUAAAAUAUUGAUAUUAUUUAAAGUAAUUCAGAGAUGUAGCUUAUAUAUUUAAACUUUAAAAUUAAUUAAUAUUUUCUAUUUCCAUAUUUUAUUCUUGCCAUAUCAUUUUAAUAUUUUCUGAUUCAAUACACUACCUCAUUAUCAUAUAUGUAAGUUAAAGUUAUUGUAAAACUGUUUGUAUUAUGUGGAAUUUUUUCUGUUCCUUAGAAAUGUUUCUAAUUUCAUAAAAUGUUACUCGGCAUUUUUGAGUAUUUUUCCUUAAAGAAUAGACAUUUAAGAUAUUUGUAAAAACAUUAUAACUCAAACAAACCAAAAGGUGCACACAAAUUGAUGCUGAAGUUAAUUAAUGUUACUGCGAGUAAUAUUACUGUUAGUACAUAUGAAAUGAUACCUGAAAAUAAUAUAUUUUAGAAUAAUAUACAUAAGCUGUAUUUUUGUGAAUGUAAGUAUAGAGUAUAUUAAAUUCUAAAUAAAGCUAUUUUUGGUGGU